AUGGUAGUACCACGGGGUCUGCUGAGAGCCAUGUUGGAUAUGAAUGAAAGGGAGAGAUGCUGCACCCCUGACGCCGACAGCCCGAGUUCUACCGAACACAGCGAGUAAAUGACAACUUCCCGGGCCCAAGGAGAAACGGGGGAGCGCGGGGGAAGGUGUCGGCUGGUGCCGCUGGAGCUGGCGACCUAGCCGGCGACGGAAGAGAGGAAGAGACACACUCGAAGAUAGAGAGCGAGGGAGAGAGAAAGAGAGAGGGGUGA